AUGGACACAACCGUUGCUAGCCUACCCCCUGCAGUGGGAGAUCUGCUCAUGAAGAACAUUGGCAUCAUACAGAUAGUGUCGAUGUAUUCCAUUAGUGCUUACAGUGCACUGGAAACCGGCUUUUUCACUUUCUUUUUCUUCAAAAAAUAUUGUGGCUUGUUAUUUUGGAGUAUGCAAGCCGCUUCCUGGGGAAUCAUUGUACAUGCCCUUCCAGCCAUGACCCGAUUCAUUUCUCAAUCAUCCAAUCUGCCGACAUCAAUUCCAUUCAUACUUGGAUGGUAUGCCAUGGUGACCGGUCAAGCUGUUGUGUUGUAUUCACGUGUACAUCUGCUCGCCCCCGCCGAAUGCAAACCACGAUGGAUGUUGUGGAUGAUUGUCGUGAACGCUUUCAUUCUUCAUAUCCCAAUGACAGUGUUGUUCUUCGGCCUCAACAGCGGAGUGGCGGGGCUUGCUCGUCCUGCUGCAAUAUUUGAUCGAAUCCAGUUGAUUGGUUUCUGCAUUCAAGAUCUCGUCAUCUGCAGUAUCUACAUCUAUCACACAGUUUUGUUGUUGAAAGACAGUCGUAACUUGCACAGAACUGGGAGCCACAAAGUGCUCGUCAAUUUACUCUGUGUCAACAUCCUGGUUGUGCUCAUGAAUAUUUUGCUCCUCGUCACGGAAUUCAAACUCCACUACAUCCAAGUCAGCUUCAAGACGGUGGCUUACAGUAUCAAGCUGAAACUGGAGUUCACUGUGUUGAAUGAUUUCCGUUCUUUCUUUUCCAAGUCAAUCUACCUUGACACUUCAGAGAUGAAAAUUCAGUCUCACCAAGAUGAUACGAGUUCAUCCAACGUGAGAUUGGAUAAUUCAAAUGCCACGUCGGGUGAGGUACAACGCAUGCCUCAAAGAUCGAGCGGGGCUCAGGCACAGCUACAGUAUGAUGGAUCGCUGCAUGAGACACGAGAUAAUAGCCAUCGGUCAGUGGAUAUCAUUGCACCCCCGCACAGUCUCUCAGACCAUACCUCAAGGCAUACACCCCAUGACUGGUCGGGGUUUUCAAGCGACCUCAAGCUGUCAUUAUCCCAAAUUUCGGCAAAGUCUGAUGUAUGA